AUGUCCCGCAAGAGAGAAGACCUAGUGGUGCCUUACCACCACGUUCCAGCUAAGGCUAGAGCUGACGCCGGAAGCAUGAUUUCCCAGACUCUUCCAAUGGCUGCCAUGUUCAUGAGAAACAAGAUCAUGUCAUGGUCUGCUGUCUUUUUGGCCCUUCAGUCUUACUUGUCUGAGCCAAUCAACAAGCCAGAGGAGGAUGCUCAAGCUGGUUCUCAGCCUCCUUUGUUGAGAUUGGUGUUUGCCUUGGUGUCCUUGCUGACCUGCUACCUCGACCUUUUCUUUCCAGGCACCAACCCUCAGAUCAAGAAGUCUGCUCUUUCUAAGGCUGCCGAGACUGUGUCUUCGGUGGUUUCGGAGGCUACUAGUUGA